GUUACACCCAAGCGUGGGUUUCGAAGGCGCGGAAUCUUCCAUACAGAUCGAUUUAAGGCGGCGAGGAAGGGGUCCUGGGACUAUGGCUUUCCCUGAGCCAAAGCCGCGGCCUCCGGAGCUGCCGCAGAAACGGUUGAAGACGCUGGACUGCGGGCAAGGGGCGGUGCGAGCCGUACGAUUUAAUGUGGAUGGCAAUUACUGCCUGACGUGCGGCAGUGACAAGACCCUGAAGCUAUGGAACCCGCUUCGGGGGACGCUGCUGCGGACGUACAGCGGCCACGGCUACGAGGUGCUGGAUGCGGCCGGCUCCUUUGACAACAGCAGUCUCUGCUCCGGCGGCGGGGACAAGGCGGUGGUUCUGUGGGAUGUGGCAUCAGGACAGGUCGUGCGCAAAUUCCGGGGCCAUGCAGGGAAGGUGAACACGGUGCAGUUUAAUGAAGAGGCCACAGUUAUCCUGUCCGGCUCUAUUGAUUCCAGUAUCCGCUGUUGGGAUUGCCGCUCACGGAGGCCUGAGCCAGUGCAAACGCUGGAUGAGGCCAGAGAUGGCGUGUCCAGUGUGAAGGUGUCAGACCACGAGGUCCUGACAGGCUCUGUGGACGGCCGCAUGAGACGCUAUGACCUGAGGAUGGGCCAGCUCUUCUCAGACUACGUGGGCAGUGAGUGUGGCCGGAGAUGUGAGACAGGCAGGGAAGAUGGGGGGCCAGCCAGGGGCACCCCAGCCUCACUCACCUAUCCGUCCCUCCUCCAAGGCCCCAUCACCUGCACCUGCUUCAGCCGGGAUGGGCAGUGCACCCUGGUGUCCAGUCUGGACUCCACAUUGCGGCUCCUGGACAAAGACACAGGGGAGCUGCUGGGCGAGUACAAGGGCCAUAAGAACCAGGAGUACAAGCUGGACUGCUGCCUAAGCGAGCGUGACACACAUGUGGUCAGCUGCUCUGAGGACGGGAAGGUGUUCUUCUGGGACCUGGUGGAGGGUGCCCUGGCUCUGGCCCUGCCUGUGGGUCAUGGCGUGGUGCAGUCGUUGGCCUACCACCCCACGGAGCCCUGCCUGCUGACUGCCAUGGGGGGCAGCAUCCAGUGCUGGCGGGAAGAGACCUAUGAGGCAGAGGAUGGAGCAGGCUGAAGCCAGGGGACCCACCAACAGGACCAAGGACCGAGACACAGAUGCAGAAGGACUGCAGAGACCAUUUUAUUCUAGAGACGUGGCUGACCAAAAAGUAGGGGAGGGGCUGGGUCUGCAAAUUAAUAAAUAGAGGAGGGGGUAAGACCUUGGGA